AUGGGUUCUCUCUGGUCUGCUGUGUCAGAGGAGGAAAAUCUAGACGCGUUUAUCCAGAGAGAGCUCAAGCCCUACGAGGAAUGCCUGAAGCAGAUAGACCAGGAUGUGAACCUCAUCUGUGACAUUCUGGGGAGCAAUGAGCACUUCUCUGUGCAGAGCAUGGCCAAGGGUGGGUCCUACGGCCGGGAAACAGUCCUGAGAGGUUACUCCGAUGGCACCCUUGUCUUCUUCAUUGAUGGCUGGGAAAAAUUCCAAGAUCAAAAGGAAAACCAACAUAAAGUCCUCAGUGUAUUUGAGCAACAGUUGAAAAACCAUCCGAAAUUCAAGGGAAAGGUCAUGAACCUUGGGAGCUACCUUGAAGUCCAAGUGUCCACACGAUGGCAGGACAUGUCCCUGAAGCUGUUUCCUGCUUUCAAUCCUCUGGGCUCUCUCACCUUGGGAUUAAAUGAGACUCCCAGCCACUGGGUCUACUGGAAUCUCAAAAGCGCCAUGGAUCAAGUGAAAGCUGUGCCCGGUGAGUUCUCCAUCUGCUUCACAGAGCUGCAGCAGAAAUUCUUCAACAAGUAUCCGAGAAAACUGAAGGACUUGAUCCUGUUUAUCAAGCACCUGUACAGAAAGAACCUGAAUCAUUUAAUACCUUCCUCUGCUCUGCCUUGGUAAGGGCUGGAGUUGCUCAUUGUGUAUGCCUGGGAGCAGGGCUGCCAAGCUGAAGACUUUGACAUGGCGGUAGGCCUCAAGACCAUGCUGGGAUUCAUCAGGAAGCAGGCCAAGCUGUGUGUCUACUGGACAGUCAAUUAUAACUUCAAGAAUGAGACCAUCCGCAACACCCUUCUGUGCCAGCUCAGCUCAGAAAGACCAAUCAUCUUGGAUCCAACUGACCCAACUAAUAAUUUGGGCCAAGACAAACACUUCCGGCAGCUACUGGCAAAGGAGGUUCUGUUCCCGAAGUCCUCUCUGUCACCUGCGCCAUGCUGGAAUGUUAUGCCCGCCCCACUCUUCAGCACCCCAAACCACCUUCUGGACAAGUUCAUCAAAGACUUCCUCCAGCCCAGUAAGAAGUUCCUAGAUCAGAUCUCCAAAGCUGUUAAAAUCAUCCACAACUUCCUUGAAGAAAACCAUUUCCAACAAUCAUCCACCAAGGUCCUGAAGGUUGUCAAGGGGGGAUCGACUGCCAAAGGCACUGCCCUGAAGGAUGGCUCGGAUGUCGACAUCAUCGUGUUCCUCAGCUCACUGAACAGCUAUGAAUCCCAGAAAACCAAGCGCAGCCAAAUCAUUGAGGAGAUCCAGAAACAGCUAGAAGCCUGCCAGCAGACCAGGGAUUUUGAGGUGAAGUUUGAGAUUUCAAAGUGGAAGGCCCCCAGGGUUCUGAGCUUCACCUUGAAAUCCAAGAGUCUCAAUGAAAGCAUCGACUUUGAUGUACUGCCCGCCCAUGACGCACUAGGUCAACUGAGUUCAAAGUUCACAGUCACACCCAAAACCUACAUGGACCUCAUUGAGUUGUAUAACUCCCAGGACAUCCUCGGAGGAGAAUUUUCUACCUGUUUCACGGAGCUGCAGUGGAACUUCAUUAAAACCCGGACCACCAAACUGAAGGAUCUGAUUCGCCUGGUGAAGCACUGGCACAAACAGUGUGAAAGAAAAAUAAAGCCAAAGGCAUCUUUGCCCCCGAAGUAUGCCUUGGAGCUGCUCACAGUGUAUGCCUGGGAGCAGGGCAGUGGCGUGUCUGAUUUCGACAUAGCUGAAGGCUUCCGGGCCAUCCUGGAUCUGGUCACAAAGUACCAGCAGCUCUGCAUCUUCUGGACCAUCAACUACAAUUUCAAAGAUGAGCCAGUGAGGACAUUCCUAUUGACCCAGAUCCAGAAAACCAGGCCUGUGAUUCUGGACCCAGCAGACCCCACUGGUGAUGUGGGAGGAGGUGACCGCUGGUGUUGGCAUCUUCUAGCAAAGGAAGCUAAGGAGUGGCUGUCGUCUCCCUGCUUCGAAGUGGACUGCAGAGGCAGCAGAGGCAUCGCACAGCCAUGGAAAGUGCCAAUAAGCAUGUCUGAAAAAACUGGGUGGCCCUAUAACAGGCUUGAAUCAAAGAACUCCAUUGUAGAAACUAGGAAUAGCUGCAUGCCCAAGAACCAAAAACCGAUCUCACUGGAGUUGAAUCUGCCAUGUCCUCUUCCCUAUCCCCCGUCACAGGAAAUGCAAACACCAGGAAGUUGUGGAGCUGGGAUCUGUCCCACUGUCAGUGGGGUAUUCUCAGGAGCCAUUCAAUCCUGGGAUGGCAGUGACAGAAACGUCUAAUGUUAUAUGAUGAUUGCUUAAAGACUCAGUCCAUGUUGUAAUAGGGAACCCGGGUCCAUCCCUCCUGUGCUGGGUUCCACCUCUGCUCCCACACUCCUGGACUCUGCUUGAAGUCAAGACUGCAGAUCCUUCCUGGUGUCUCACCUCGUGGACCUCCUCUGUGCAAGUGACCCACCUUGAAAGACUGUUCUGUGCCUCAUCCAAUGUUCUGGGCCCCAUUUUUCUGCCCAUCCCGUCUUCUCUCGUUUUCUUCAGGUCUUCAGAAGGACUCUCCCUCCCUGCAGCUCCAAGGUCAAGCCCCUCACAUGUCUUUCAUUCCCGUCACUCCCAGCUAGCUCUCACAUUCUUCUACUUCACCCUCGCCUGUCUCUUUCCCUCCGUCCACAAGCUGCCCCUGCCCCUGUGGAUGCAGUGGUGGCCCACCCAGCAGCCAGCCAACCCUCUCCCUCCACUCACAUUCCUUUAUCAGCUAUACCUUCUCAGCUGCCUGAGCCCCUGACCCCAGAGUAUCUUCUUGCCUUCCUAGGCUUUAGCGUCACAGAUGCUUAAAGCUGUUCCCUGUGUGCAGUGCCAGCUGUGGUACAGGAAAGGACGUAACCGGCCUCGUGCAAUUUCCUGAUCAAAGCAUCUUCUGCAUUUAUAAUGAGACUCUUUCAACCAUUUCUGAACUGAAGCUACUGAGGUAACCCACUGAUGGUGGGCCCUUAAGGGAGGAACUAGCCAAACCAGAAAUCCCAAGCAUGGGAUUAGAGGGUCAGGACGUGAGUCCUGCCCUCUUCUGUAGGGAGGAAAGGGGGCCAGAGGCAGAGAUAACACCAUGGCCAAUGAUUGAGUCAGACAUCCCUAUGUGAUAAGAUGCCAAUAAUAACUGGAUAAUGAGGUUCAGUCUUCCCCACUAGUGCACAGCCCACUGUAUCUUGAAGUCAGAAUCUGAUCAUCAUGGGGGCUCCAGCCCCUCCCCUCCUUCACACUGCCUAUCCCCUCUGCUUGCUCAUCUAUAUUCUUUAUAAUAAAUGGUGCUGCGAGUACAGUCCCCUCCUGAUCUCUGUCAGUUGCCCUAGGGGUCAUGGGAACGCCCCAAAUCUGCCCCAACUUCAACAGGGGUGUGGAUAUCCUGGAGACUCCCACUUGUGGCUAGUGUCUGAAGUAGCAGAGUUUCUGGGAGUCUUGUUCUUAAACUGUAGCAUCUGUCAACUCCAGGGAGUGUAAGAACUUGAAGUAAGCAGGGGGACAGUCACAGGCAUCCAAGAGGGUGAAU